AUGGCUCCUCCCCCGUUGACGGCGAAGAAAGCCUACGCGACUCCUUCCGCGUCUCCAAACCCUACAGCCUCAUCGCGCGCCAGAUUGGGCCGUCCGCCACUGAAAAAGGCCCGCCAUGCUUCUUCUAAUUCACGGCCAUCAUCGUCGUCAACGCCUGACGCCGCCGACUUUCAUCGUGAACGAGAGUUGUCAAAGCAGCGUUUCUGGGACGUGGUCGACCAGCUCCCAAGCAAAUAUACGAUGUCUAUCCAUGAAGACGACCUGGUUGAUUUUGCAACGCUGGAAAUCAUUGAGGAUCGCGGUGUGAGCCGUGCGAAGUUGGGUGGCGAGGUGGAAGAAAGUGAUGAUCAGGUCGAGGAGAGCACUGUCACGGACGAAGAAGAUGAAGUCGACGAGUUGGAUUUGCUUGCAAGUGCGGAAACGUCAUUGCGGCCAUCGGAAUCUAGCGAUGACGAAGAGGUGGAUGAACUUUUGGCAGAGUUCCUCGAGGCUGAGCGUCUGAGAAAAGAGGAAUGCGGGGAAGACGGCGAAGAAGAAGAAUUCGAGCCUCCGCAACCACCACCACCACUGCCGCCGCCACGUCCUUCAGUCAUUCUCGAUGACGAAUCAGACGAUGAGCUGGACAGAUGGGAUGUCAUCGACGAGUCCAACAUCGUUCACCGCGUCUUGCCACCAGACAAACUACCGCAAGAAGAUGCCGAAUCAUCGCGUUCGCCCACUCCCACUCCCAUUCAGCUUGCCACGCCUCCAAAAUCGCAGACACCCUCAGAUCCUGGUCAUACUCUGCCGUUAAGCAGCAAAAAAUCCCUAUCCGAACCCUCCAGCGGAAGCCAAAAACAGCCUCCGUCUCCAGCAAGACCCGCUGUUUCUACUACACCCAAGCGUUCGUCACAUCCCAAGGUCGAUUUCAAAAAUUUGCCGGCCCGCGAAAACAGUAUUCCUAUCAGAGAGUUGGCAUCGUCUUCCAGUAAAUCAUCACUAGCCAACAGCUUGAAAGGCAAAGACAAAGCUUCCUCUUUGGACUCUGAUGCUGAACAGCACAUCCCGGUUCGUACCUUGUCUGUGCCCAGGUCUGAACGGCCGGCCAAAGUGGACUGCAAAGGAAAAGGCAAAGUAAUUGAAGUGGAUGAUGAUGAUGAGGAGGAGGAGGAGGAUAUACCUUCUUCUUCUAUAAACGCAUCUGUUGUGUCUCCACCUCGCAGGGUGCGACAAUCGCAAAGGAGAUAUACUCCACCUCCCUCUGACUUGGUGGAAGGCCCUUCUAGGCAAACAGAACACAGGACCAGAAAGCGGAAACGAUACUCAUCGUCGUCCGACGAAUAUGAAAUCGAGUCCUCCCCGAUCAAGGCGAACCGAAGGCAUUCAUCGACUCGGACAGAACAGGAAACCAUACCUGAUUCCGAUGAUGAGCUUCAAACACCACGCACACCUUCGGGACGGCGACGUUCUGUUCCUGCAGGGAUGCCUCCUUACUACCCUUCAUUGCCAUACAAUGGCGGAUUUCCGCCCCCAGGGCAUGAUCCGCGAGCCAUGCAAUUCUUCACCCACAUUAUGGCUCAAGCCUUCUACGCGUGGUCAGCAAUGCCUCCCCCGUCACGACAUCCGCAUUCAGCGGAAGAUUAUGGUCAUGAAGAAUGGCCCGACUUAUACCCAUCGACUCCCCGCCAUUCGCAUACUAAUCCACAGUUACCCAGGUCAGGUGCAACUCUGCCCCCAUCUUCUCCCUCCCCCCCAUCUUCGUCUCCUGUGAGACCAGCAUUGGUUUCUCGCAGCCGAUCUCGUGGCCGCCGAGUUAGCUUCAAUCUUGAUGCGACUGAAGGAACCGGCCAACGGACUGGUGGGCGCUCUCACGUUGAUGACGAUGAUGCGAGUCCAGCGAGGUCUUCAUCUGUCAAACGCUCGUCUACCCGGCGCUCCGAAAAAUUAUCGGAUGAAGAAGAAAGUUCUCACCACCAACGAGGACGAGGGCCGAAUCGUGCGCAAACACCUGGUCCAUCGCUGAGUAAAUUAAAGCAACGACCUUGA